AUGGAAUAAUAAAGGGCAAACUCACUGCUUUUUACUCCAAUCAAAAUGGGAGAUCUUAUUCUUCCAAAUAGGAUUGUUAUGGCAGCAUUGACUAGAAUGAGAGCAGAUAAAAAGACAGGAAUUCCAAAUGAACUUCACGCUCAAUAUUAUUCUGCAAGAGCUGAUUCAGGUUUCAUAUUAACUGAAUGUUCAGCAAUUAGACCUGAUGGGAACAGCUUCGUGGGGUCUGCUGGAAUCUAUACUGAAGAAUAAGCAUUAGGGUGGAAGAAAGUAGUUGAUGCAGUCCACGAAAAGGGUGGAAGAAUAUUCUUACAGAUUUGGCAUGCAGGCAGAGCCGCUCAUCCUGAAUAGAUUGGAGGACUUUAACCGAUUUCAUCCUCAGCAAUUGCAAUAAAUGGAUCAGCCACUUUUGUAAAAGGAAAGGCCAAUCAUCAAGUGCCAAAGGCAGCGACGAUUGAAGAUAUUCAACAGCUCUUAAGAGAUUUCAGAAAGGGAGCUGAGAAUGCUAAGAAAGCUGGGUUUGAUGGGAUUUAACUUCAUGGUGCUCACGGAUACCUAAUCGACUAAUUUUUAAGAAAUAAGGCUAAUCAGAGAACAGAUGAAUAUGGAGGUUCAAUAGAGAACAGGUGUAGAUUCCCGCUCUAAGUUAUGGAUUAGCUAAUCGAGGUAUUUGGAUCAGGUAGAGUAGGUAUUAAAGUUUCUCCAAUCUAUGAUUUUAAUGAUAAUGCUGACUCUGAUCCUUUCUCCCUUUACUCCUAUUUUAUUGAAUAACUUAACAAAAGAUAAGUAGCUUUCCUUGAGAUCAACGAGGCUAUAUCACUCGACCCUGCAUAAGAAAAAGUGAAGCAUUAGGAAAUAUUUGGCAGUAGAAAAGAGAAAUCCUUGAGAGAAAUCUUCAAGCCAUAAUUUAGCGGACUUUUUAUUACUAACUAUAAGCUGACAUUCGAGAAAAGCAAUGAGAUCCUGCAAAAAGGACAUGCUGAUCUGUGCUCAUUCGGAACUAGCUAUGUAUUUAAUGAUUAACUUGUUGAGAAAUAUAAGACAGGAUCUACUCUCAAUGGAGCGAAAUAUAUUGAGGAUAAAAGCAAAUUGUUUAGGGAGUAUUUUUAUGGAAGCACAGCUGUUGGUUACACUGAUUUGACAGUCUAUCAACCGAAAUUAUGA